AGGCUACGUCUUCGUCCGGCGGCAUGGACACGGCGCUGGCAGGGCUCGUGAAGGACAAGGCGGUGGUGAUAUUCAGCAAGAGCACCUGCUGCAUGAGCCACACCGUGAAGUCGCUCAUACUGAGCUACGGAGCCAACCCGACGGUGUACGAGCUCGACGAGAUCCCGAACGGCAAGCAGAUCGAGCGCGCGCUGGUCCAGCUCGGCCGGUGCGAGGUCGUCCCUACCGUGUUCAUCGGCCAGAAGUACAUCGGCGGCCCGAACGAGCUCAUGAGCCACCAGUUGAGGGGGACUCUGGUCCCUCUCCUCCGAGAGGCCAGAGCUAUCUGGAUAUAAGACUAAAAAAAAAUAGUAUUUGCAACUUUCUUCAGUUUUCCCUCAGUAUAACAAUAACAAUACGUCUAAAAUAGACGAGCGAGAUCGUGCUACGAAUAUGAAAAGGCGGACUUUUUGGUAGCUUUGUUUUGCUAACCCUAUUGGCUGCGCUCUAUGGAAGAUGACAGCCUUCUUCUCUGUUUUUUUUUUCCCCUUUUCUUUUGCUUUAUGAG